UAAUAUGUCAGUCAGUGGUAUAUUAAAUUUUUUAUUUUUUAUAGUGUCGGAAAAAUUCAUAUAACCACAGCUAUAACUUAAAGUAAAGUACGUAAUAUAUUUUAGAGGACAACUUCGAGCCAAUAAUCCAAACUAAACGAUAAAAUACGAUCUUAACAAAAAGCCGAAGCUCAUACUCUCUCCCUAGACAGAACAUGUCCGCAAUAAAGCUCAAUUUUACAACAAUAUGGUACGAAUAUUCUUGGUGUUGACUGGCUAUUGAGGUAUAAACAAAUUUCCGUAGCAAAAUCGCUAGCACCUAUCCUGUUUAAGUGAGGCGGCGCUUGCCAGUUAGUCAGUCACCGCCCCUUCUUGACAAACUUUCCAGAGUCGAGCUCCGGUUCCCAAACUCGCUUCAACCGCCGUCGUGAAAUCACAUACCACGAGUCAGUGCCGUCGGGUAUAGUGUUCAUGAGUUAUUCACUGAUAGUGCGUGAUGGAGGACAAUCAACACUUAGCUGAAGAAUACGUCCAGGAAUUUGUUCUGGAUCACUUAGAGGACAUUACAGUGAAACGCGAGGACAAGCGCCAACUUAUUGAAAACGAUCCUUCUUGGAUACAAGAUGAUUCUUCAAGUAGAUUUUGUAGAACUCAGUGGGAAGAUAGAAGACUACCAUCGCCUCCUCCUGACUCUAUUUACGUUCAACAACCUGUGUUAGUUAAUAUGACUUUAAUGAACGAUCCUGGUACUCCUCCAGAUACGCCUCCGACUCAUUCACCUCUACCGUGUAGACCGCAAGGAAUAAUGGAUGAAAUGAUGUGGUUUCCUCCCAGUAUUCGUGCUGAUCCUCAACCCUUGGACCUACGUCCUCAUCCUCACUGUUUAGGAGGAGAACCCGACUGGGAAAGAAGAGAGUACAUCCCUUCUGGAAUUAUUUUAGACGCCCCAGGUCACCACCACAGUAUACACCAUCAUCAACGACCAAUGUCUGUGUGUUCCGGUGCUAGUGCCCUUUCCCCUAGAAUGAACAAUCACAAUAGUGGCUAUUCUACCUGUUCCGAAGAUAUAAACCUUAAUGACGAGAUGUUGAUGACUUUAUCAGUAAGAGAACUUAACAAAAGGUUGCAUGGGUGUCCUAGAGAAGAGAUAGUGAGGUUGAAACAGAAACGAAGAACGCUCAAAAAUCGAGGCUACGCACAAAAUUGCAGAUCAAAAAGGCUGCAGCAGAGACAAGACCUUGAACUGCAAAACAGAAGCCUCCAGCACGAAAUUCAUCGACUAAAAUCUGAAUUAUCAAGGGUGUCACAAGAAAGGGACGUUUAUAAACAAAAAUUGCAGUUAGGACGACCUCCUAUUAAUGGUAGUUUAAAUUCUGAUGGACAGAGUUCACCUGAGUUUUACCUAUGACAUCAUUUUCCGGGUCGAAGAGUUCAGUGAUUUUCGACCCCACGGUAUACUAGAAAUGCCAUUUUCGGACAUAUACCGUGAAUUUGUACAAAUUGAGACUAAAAUCGAAAAGUUAUUUGCACAAUUUGUUUUUAAUCGGGUUGGGAGUAAGUGUGCUUCAAUGUUUAGAAAAGGAACCAAAGUCGAACAAAUUUUAAUUUUGUAUCACAAGGUAUUCGAAAUUUCUGAGUUAAUCUAGUUAUUUUUCAAAACAAAUCUUUCAAAAAAUCAAAUAUUAAAUAUUUUAUUUUGAUUUGAAUAAAAUUCAAAAAAACGUAGAUUUUUU